AUGAUAAACCCCCGAGAGGCCACUGUUGCAGACAUUCCACAGAUUCGAGACAUCAAUCACUACUACAUUGUCAACACUUCGCUGACAUUCGCAACGACCCCGCCUCCCAUUUUUGAAUACGAAGAUAAACUACGCGACCUGAAAAGGCGAAAGCUGCCAUUUCUGGUGCUGGCGUCAGACCAAAGAAAAACACACGAUGGGGCGGACUUGGUUCUCGGCUAUGCGUACUUGUCACCGUUUCGCGGGCACCUGCUUGCAUAUGCACCUACAGUGGAACUCUCUAUCUUCAUGCAUCCGGAAGAGAGAGAACAUGGACUGGGAACUAUCUUGCUGGAAGCGAUUAUGAACAAGGUCCAUGAUGGCCUCGUGGAGCACCGGUGCGAGGAGCGGGUUGGCGACAUUGACAGUCUGGUUCCGGGAGGAUCUAUUGGGGUCAGUACCGAUGCAAGAGUCCGAAAUGUGAUCGCUGUUGUGGCUAUUGACCCCGAUACCUAUAUGAAUGGCGAGGGGCUAAGGGCAUGGUAUUGCGAGCGUGGGUUCGUUGAGAAAGGACGCUUGGAAAAAGUGGGCGAGAAGAAUGGCAAAUGGUGA